AAAAGGGGGCAGCUGUGGGAAGAAAGGGUGGUUUGUUUUGGUUGUGGUUUUUCUGGAGAGAAGGCCUAAAGCAACUUGUAUUGCCUGUCACUUUGCAGCAUAGGUCUCCUCUUCUUUAGAAGACAGGCUCUGUUUGAAGUGGUUUCCAGCAGAUGAAGGGGAUUUUUUUGUUUAUUUUUCUGUUGUUACAUCAGAAAAACAUAUAAAUUUUUAGCUGUUUGCUUGGAGGACAUGGUUAAGAAGCUGUUCGUGUUUCUGCUAGGGAUUGACGCUAGAAUGUCUGCACGUGAGAAUGAAAACACAAGGCUCCCUCUUGUGUCAAAGAAAACGAAAUCAGCCAUGGCUGGUCUGCAGUUCCCUGUGGGCCGGGUCUACGGGCUCCUGAAGAGAGGCCGCUACUCUGACAGGAUCAGCCCCGGUUCUGCAGUCUACAUGGCUGCAGUGCUGGAAUACCUGACUGCAGAGAUCCUGGAGCUGGCAGGAAAUGCUGCACGGGAAAACAAGAAGGCCAGGAUCCUGCCCCGACACAUCCAGCUGGCUGUGAGAAAUGAUGAUGAGCUGAGCAAGCUCUUCUCCUGUGUGACCAUCGCUCAAGGAGGGGUGUUACCUAAUGUUCUUCCUGAGCUUGUUCCUAAGAAGACAGUGACACUUAAGCCACCCCACAAAAAUGGCCAUUCACAGGAGUUCUAGCUGUUGCCACACACACAGCUUGUGUUGCUGUUGCUGGCUUCUUUUCCCCAGCCCAGUGCUCUGCAUAUUUUUUGGUCUAUAUUUGUAUGCCUAUCUAGGUGGGUGGCUGAAAGGUGUUUAAGUUUCCCUAUCAACAUUCUCCAGAAGAAAGCAGUCGGACUGCUUUUAUGAAUAACUGUGAAAAGGACUCAACCUUAUGCCUUUCCAUGAAGUAUUUGCUGCAUCAAACAGAUGGUCUUCGUUCCACUACCUGUUGCCUUUAAAGCAGAUGGGUGGGUAGCUGGAAUCUCCUUAUUCAGUGUGUGAAAGUCUGCUUCAUCUGACAGCACCUGAGAAACUUCAUCUGGGCUUGUUCACGGUGAUGGUAAAGCUGAUGAAUUAUCUAAUAUUGGAAUGAUGAAAUAGUGUUGUGCUGUAACUACAGCAUCACCACAUGUGCAUUGGGCUGAGGAUUGUGUUUGGCACUGUCUCCUUGGUCUCUGCAUUCAGAGUGCCAUCUCAGGAGCCUUCUAUACACUGUGUAUAAAUGUUGACAGCAAUUCAGUCUUAAGGAUAUGUAAAGUUGUUUUAAGCGUGAUUCUAAUAAAACUCUCCUUGGUCUCUUUGAGGCUCGUUCUAUUAGGAUCCAGAUCAAGCAAACUUACAUGAUAAAGUGCAAUCCAGAAAAUGACCUUUCCCAAGACCUUUUAAAGGUUGUGUUCUGCACCUAUGUAACUAGAAAGACUGCUUGAGCGCUAUUGGGUCUGUACUUGAGACUAUAGCACUACUGAGGACAUACCAGUAUUAAUGCUUGUUGUGCAUCAUUGUUUCAUUUAUUCUGCUUGUAGCAUAGAACAGGAAGGUCCUACUGUCCACCAGGUUCAGAUACAUUAAUCCAUUCAGACAGAAAAGUUACUUGGAGAACUACUUCCAGACAGACCCUACCAGCUCAGUAUUUGGGAGCCUGUUUCCUGUAUUUUACCUGUAGUCAUUCAGAUGGUGUGGCUUUUUUUUUUUUUUCUCUCCAAGGCAAC